AUGAGUUCACGAUACAAAUCUAAUAAUAAAUUUAGGCGUAAAUAUCAAUAUGAUGAUGAACAAAAGAAAAGUAAAUACGAUUCAAAAUUACCAUACAGUACAGAUUAUGAUAAAAAAGAGAUUUUAGACCAAAAAAGUGAUUUUUCUCAAGAAAUCACUAAUAAGAAUACCGAAGACUUUUAUUUUAAUAAAUAUAAGCAUGAAUUGAAUAAAAUAUUCUCAGGAAAUUUAAAUGUAAUCCAGGAUACUGAUGAUUUUUGGAGAUUUGUUAAUAAAUAUGAAACUGUACAGAAAAAACUAAGAACACCAGAUAUUUUACCUAAUUUUUCACUAAAUACUAUCGGUGUGCCAGAAACAUACCACAAAUUACAUUGCAUAAAUUUCAAAUUAAGUUAUAAUUUUAAUGAAUUAUUUGCACGUGUAAUGCCAGUUAAAGCAUUAACAAAAGAACGCUUAUUGAAGUUUCAGAACAUAAUUAUUUUAUAUUUAGACUUUAAGCAAAAAGAAAAAUUUGCCAAGUUAAAAAAACUCAGGAAAUCACAAGUAAAUCUACCAGUUUAUCAAUAUAAACAUGAAAUUAUUGAAACAAUAAAACAGGAACAGGUAGUUAUAAUAGCUGGUGAUACUGGUUGUGGAAAAUCCACUCAAGUGCCUCAAUACUUAUAUACAGCAGGUUUUCAAAAAAUUGCUUGUACACAACCAAGAAGAAUAGCUUGUAUAUCUUUAGCAAAACGUGUUGCUUUUGAAACAUUAACAGAAAACUGCAAUGAUGUUGGUUACCAAAUACGUUUUGAAAAGCAAAGAAAUCAAAAUACCAAAAUUACAUUUAUAACAGAAGGUCUUUUGUUAAGACAGUUAUCUGGAGAAUUUGAAUUAUUACCUUAUGAUGUAAUUGUUUUGGAUGAAGUGCAUGAACGUCACCUACAUGGAGAUUUUCUUCUUGGUAUUAUGAAAUGUAUUAUUAAUCAAAGGCAAGAUCUAAAAUUAGUACUUAUGUCUGCUACGAUUAAUAUUGAACUUUUUAAUAAUUAUUUUUCAAAGGAAAAUGUUAAAGUAAUACAGGUUCCUGGAAGGUUGUAUCCUAUUCAGUUAUUGUACAGGCCUGUUACUAUAGAAGAUAUUCGAUAUAAAAAUGAUAGAUUCAAUCCAAGUCCUUAUAUACAAAUAAUGCAAAUGAUUGAUCAGAAAUAUCCAGCUGAAGAAAAAGGCGAUUUAUUAAUAUUUUUAAGUGGAAUGAGUGAAAUUACUGCCGUUGUAGAUGCAGCAAAAGAAUAUAGCCAAAAAAAAAAUAAUUGGAUUAUCUUAGCACUUCACAGCACCCUAGCUAUUAGUGAGCAAGAUAAAGUAUUUGAUUUUGCUCCUGAAGGAGUGAGAAAGUGUAUUGUAUCUACUAACAUUGCUGAAACUUCUAUUACUAUAGAUGGAAUAAGAUUUGUUGCUGACAGUGGGAAAGUAAAAGAAAUGAGUUAUGACCCAUCAUGCAAAAUGCAACGACUCAAAGAAUUUUGGAUUAGCAAAGCUAGCGCAGAACAACGGAAAGGAAGAGCUGGUAGAACUGGACCUGGAGUAUGUUAUAGAUUAUACUCUGAAGAAGAAUAUAUGUCUUUGGAAAAAUACUCAACUCCUGAAUUACAACGUGUACCUUUAGAUUCCUUACUUCUACAAAUGAUUGCAAUGGGACUUCCAGAUGCACGAAAAUUUCCAUUCAUAGAACCACCUUCACCAGAAAACAUUGAAAAUUCUAUAUUAUCUUUAAAAGAACAUGGUGCGCUAACGGAUAAUGAAAAAAUAACAUGUAUUGGAAAAACACUCGCACGCUUACCUGUUGACAUAACAAUAGGGAAAAUGUUAAUAAUGGGUUCUAUUUUUCACCAAGUAGAACCAGUCUUGUCAUUAGCUGCUGCCUUAAGCAUACAAACACCAUUUACAAAUAGAGCAUAUAGGGAUUCAGAAUGCGAGACGUCUAGGAAAAAAUUGGAAUCUGAUCAUGGUGAUCCAAUAACAUUACUAAAUGCAUUUAGAGAAUGGUUAGAAGUAAAACAACAAAGUUCUCAAGAAUCCAGAGGUAGUGGUAACAGUAGUAGAAAAUGGUGCAAAAGAAGAGGUUUAGAGGAACAGAGAUUUUAUGAAAUGACAAAAUUGAGAGCACAGUUUAAGGAAUUACUUCAGGAUUGCAAAUUACUGAGGAGUCUCCCAGAACCAAAUUCUUCUAUGUCCAGUGCAGAACGUGCUAUAAGACAUGGAGAGCUUAAACUUUUAAAAUCAUUAAAAAGAACCUACAAACAAAGUGAACCUAGAAAGCGAAAACAAUUAAAACUAGAAUCAUUUGAUAUUCAAUUAGAAGAUAAUGAUCAUGAUGAUGGUGAAAUUGACAUAAAAGAUAUCGAAUUUCGAAUGAAAAAUGAUCCAAAUCAAGUGCAAAAUCUAUUAACAGCAGCCACUGCAUGUAGCUAUAAAGAUUUAACAAUGUUAAAAUUAAUACUCUGCAGUGGUUUAUAUCCACAAUUUGCAUGUGCCGAUGAAUUUAAUUAUUGUAAGACAACAAACGAGCAACUGUUUCAUACAAAAGCAAAACCAUAUAUUGCUUUACACCCAAUGAGUUUCUUUGGAAAUCAUCCCCAAGUAUUGCAAUUGGAGGAAGCUGAUAUUGUAUCAAUACCAGGUUUUAAAAGUAAAACUGCCGUUAGUCCAAAACAUACAAUAUUAACAUAUUUAUCUCUUUUGGAGACAACAAAGCCUUAUCUAGUAAAUACACUUAGAAUGCCUGCUGCACAAACAUUACUUUUAUUUACACGUGAAAUCGACACAAAUAGUACAUUUUCAAUAAUGAUAUGUGAUUCCUGGUUAGAAUUAAAAUUUCCUAUACCUGAUAGUGGUCAGAUUUUACUGAUGAAAGCUACCAAAUUACGACAUAAAUGGGAUUUCUUAUUAAAUCAACAAUUACAAGAUUCAAGUACCAGCAAUGAUGAAAAUCAGGAUUUCAGUGAAUUUGAGUACACACUUACUCAAGAUUUAAUUGAAUAUAUGCAUACAACUGUUCCAUAUACACUAAAACGGCUUUUACCGGCUGAUCUUAAAACAAUAUAUGUGGGAUGUGGUGAAAACAGCAUAUUGAUAGAUCCAAACCCUUUUCAAUCAGAUUUUGUAGUAAUACCCAACUCAAUUAAAGGAGGAGUUCGCGUAACAAACACUAUUACAUAUAAUUGUGUGAAAGAAACUGAAUGGAGUGAUCGACUUUCUACAGAAAUUUUAGCAACACAAUGGCAUUGUUCAAAUUGUAACAUGCAAGCAAUUCUAACAAGCAUAGAAAAAUUACAACACCAACAAUCCUGUGUUAAAGCAGAUAUAAAAGAUGUUGAAAAACAUGACAACAUUAAACGUAAACCUAAUGCACAAGCAUAUGAAUGUUCUGAUUGUGCACAAAUAUUAUACUUAACACCAAUUGAAAUUCUUAAACAUAAAAAAUCUCAUGUUAAAUAAAGUAUUUAUUUGAUAAUAUAAUAAU